AUGUCAGCAAAAAUGAUCGUGUUAUUAGCGAUCGUGACUCUGCUGAGCUUCUGCUGCAGCCCGGCGUCCAGUUUCGCCUUCCUUCCUCGCGUCUCUCAUACAGACGACGCCAUCGUCAUCGAUUUUGUUUUCGAUUCAGUUGCCGGUGUGGGAUAUGCUCCAUCUUAUCAAGGCAAGACGCUGUACGGCCAAAUAACCAAUCCAGGAUUCGUGCCGCUGCCAUCCUUCAAUCCUUAUUACCCAGCCAUGUAUCGCCAGCAGAAGCAGACGCCCAAUGGAUUUGUCUACUCAUACGGUUAUCCUAACCCCCUUGCUCUUGAAGAUGUUUUGCCCGUUAGGCAAGCAGCAACUGCAGCAGCGCCUGCGUGCGGCACUGGACCGGCCGUCAUGCCCACUUCACGAGAAUUGAUCAACCAAAGGGUCGUUGGCGGAAUCGACGCCAAGAAGAAUGCUUGGCCAUUCCUUGUAGCCCUGAAAAAAAGUGAUGGUUCAUUAUUUUGCACGGGAAGUUUGAUUAGUGACACACGAGUUUUAUUGGCGGCCCAGUGCCUGGAAAAAAUGUCUCUGUUCCAGUUCAGUACUGUGACCAUAUUGGUUGGGAUGUUUUCAGUGGAUCAAUCUGACGUCCAAAUGACGAGGAGGAUCAGCAAAAUGUUUCUUCACAGGCAAUACAAUUCUGCCACCUACGCCAAUGAUAUCGCCAUCAUUGUAAUGGACUCUCCCGUAGUUCUUGCCAAGGGUGUUGCUGCCACUGUUUGCUUGCCACCGGCCGGCACCGCUGACGAAUACGUCGACCAGGAUGCCAUUAUUAUGGGAUGGGGAAAUACCACAACGAUCAAAGUCCUGCAACAAGCCAAGGUUUCGAUUCAGUCCAACGGCGACUGCAAGACGGACACGACUGUUGGCAGAUAUGUUUCGGACAGCACUACCUGCAUUACUUCUGCUACUACUAACAAAUUCUCAUGCGUGAUUGACGUCGGCGGCCCAGUAGUCAUCCUCCCUUCUCCAGGAGCCUGGACCAUAGUCGGAAUCAACAGUUACACCAAGGAUUGCGCUACCAAUGGCCUUAAAACCAGAGUGUCGGCAUACAGGGCAUGGAUUAACCAAUACUUGACCAAGGCUUAAAAGUGAACCACAACUCUUCAACAGGAUAACGAUUACGACCAACAUCAAACGACACGAUCAUGAGAUUCGAGCACUUUUUUAGUUUAUAUUCUAUUUAAUUUUUCAGAAACUUUUCAGAAUUGGUUUUCGGCUGACUAAUAUUGAUUUAAAUUAUUUCAAGCCAUGUUAUUUAAUGCACGAGUGCAUACACACCAUUUUAAAAUGUCUGAAUAAACAUAUUAGUCCCAGCAGCAAGUAAA